AUGUCCAAAAACCGCCGCCUCACGGUACCCGUCAAGUGUCUAAUACCGAAAAGUCGGUUGGUAGCUGCCGUGGGGGGCAAAUUGUUACGCGGGUCUGACCCGGCAGUCUGCGAAGGCGACGACGUGUAUGAGGUAAAUCUCACUGUUACGGACAACAGUGACUCCGGCGUCCGCGUUGAGACUUGGAUGUCGCUGGAAACGGAACAUGCGUUUCUCAGAUGUAUCGUUGGCGGGUAAGAGCCGAUUUACAGAAAUAUAUUAUAAGCAGGUGUAACAACGACAUUAUAAUAACAAGCGAAUAUACAAUAUUCAAAGGGCUUGUGGGUGUGCGAUUUUAACGCAUUUAAAAAAAAAAGCCCUUACUACUUUAAAAAGCAUAUAAAAAAACUACUAUGUUACGAUAAUUUUAUUCCAUAAAGUAUAAUUUAUGAUGAACCUUGUGUUCAAUUUUGAAGUACUGCUCGACCAAUUCAAUUAUAUCGACAUAAUACCGAAUAUUGUAGUGCCGUAGCCAGAAUUUUUUCUCGGGUUGGAGGUUUUCUGUUUUUGAUGACCAAACAAUAAAGUCAAAAAAUUAAUUUUGCACCGCACUAUUGAUGUUAAAUAAUAAUAGGUUAUGUUACGUUAUAACAAAGUUAUGUUAGGUAUAUUAAGUUAAAGCAAUACCCCGUAGGAAGCAAUGCUAACGCCGUCCUUUUGGCGUAGAUGUAACUUGAGUAGUGAUUGAAAAUGCUUUAGCAUCUCCGAACCUUAGUUCAGCCUCUCUCUCCAGUUCUAGUUGAACAUUUCCAAUCCUAAUUCAGCACUUUCAAAACUAAAAUAAUUUGAAAAACUAUCUUGUUUCUUUUUUAUAAAAUAAUGUUUUUAUCAAACUAUCUAGGAUCUAGCCAUAAGUAAAUAAGGUUCAUUCCCACGUCGCCGACUACCAUUUUUGAUUUUAGUGUAAUUGUAUCUAAUAUGACAUUUAUGGAGAACAAUAUUUUGGAGUGAAUGUUAUAAGGUUUAUGCAUUAUUCAAAUAUACAGCUCGAUAUAAAAACCUUUAUUUUUUUGUAUUUUUAAAUAACUAUAACUUUUUUAAUAAUUCAUAAAUCAAAAAACACCGAUAAUAUUCCCUCCAAAAUAUUUUUCUCUAUAGAUUUCAUAAUAAGUAAUUUUACUUUAAAAUCAAAAUUAAGCUAGUUUUACUAAUUCUCAGUAAGUAUUGUUUUUGUGUGUUACUCGAUAGUUGGACUAAGACAGUAGAAACUAUAAAAACAUUUAAACUAUUUACAGUCAUUUUAAUUUUGCGAAUUUUGUACCUAAUUUUUAUUCGGUAGGUACUCUGUAAUAAAAUUGUUAGACUAAACAAAAAUUCUUGAAAAUUGAACUGGAGGUUAAUUAUAUGUCGUACUUUGUGAUCUAAAUUAAAAAAAAUUAAUUUAAUUUAGUAUAUUUUUUUAUAAAAAUUUUAAUAUCAAAUUUUGACGAAAAUCAUUUUAGUAAAGAAUAAUCUGUAACAAAUCUGGUUACUGGUCCAUACAAAUUGUUUCAAUAUAUAUUUAUUUUACUAUAACAUACACAUUGUUGAAAAAGCAAUACUAUAAACCGAGCUCCGCUCAGAAUAGUUGCUCAGAACUAAUCCUUGCUUACAGAUAUACCUUCCCAACUUCCCAACUUCCCAUCUACAACAUUGGUCCACUCAAUGACAUAUUUCAUGCGGACUAUGUCUUUUUUUUAAAUAUAUGUUACCUACUUGAUUAGAGGUAAAUUUCUAAUAUAAAUGUUGUUCAGUAAAAAAAAAAAAAUGUACACAAGAGUGAAAUAAAAAUUGUAUUAAUUAUCCACCUAAUGAAUGUUAUAAUAAAAUUAUUAGUCAAAAAUUUCAUUCCAAGUGUUGACUAAGAAAAUAAUGCAAAUUUAAUACAAGUUCAUUCAAUAUCCUAUUAUCCUUAAGUUCCUAAUUCAUAAUGACACGGAUAUUUCUAAUUAAAUGUUUAUAAAAUAUAAAAUUGUUCGCAAUUUUUGUAAUACAAUAUUUUUUAUCCACACCCAUUAUAAUUAUAUUAUAACAAUAUUAUGUCCAUUACUAUGCAGUAAAUCCGUCGUAGACAUUACGACAUAACCGGCUCACACAUCAUUACAUUAUCAGUAAAGUUAUUACUUAUUAUUAUUAACUUUAUAUAGUCUACCUCACCUCCCGUUGUAUUUGCAUAUAUUGCAAAAAUAAGGAAUGAGGAAUCGCUAAUAAAUUACUGACAAUAUAGAUAUAUAUUUUAAAUCGUCUAUGACAGCAGUCAUAAAAUACGAACAAAUUAUUAUAAAAACAACAAAAAAAAAAAAAAUGCUGAUACUGUUGAUGGAUGUUCUACUGUCUACUAUUAUGGGUGAAACGAUGAGAAGGUAAAAUAUGUAGUUAUUUAAUUUAUAUUUGUACGUAACGAUAAACAAUGGUUUAACAAUGGCUAACGAAAAACGAUUAUGCGCAAAACUCGGCUAUAUAAUAUAUGUAUAUAUGUUUUAAAAUGCCACGAUAUUUUCGAUUUUCAUUAAAAUGUAUAAAUAAAAAUAAAACUUAAAUUUUAUUUUUAUUACUAAAUGCAGCUUAUGCCUAAUGAACUUAAUGUUAAAUUUUCUAUUUAGCCAAAUAAUUUUAUCCACACAAAAUCAAAUAAAACUAAAAAAAACUUGAAAUUUUACACCUAUAGCCAGUGGUGAGUGUCGUAGCCAGAAUUUAUCAACUGGGAGGGAGGUGUUAAAAGGUAUCUAUGUGUGAUUAGGGAUCCAUAACAUUCUUAAUCUUACCUGUAACUAAAUAUGGGGGGGGGGUAGAUACCAACACCCGAAAUUCCUUCUGGCCAUGUCACUGUCUAUAACCAUCCAUAGAUAUUUGCUAUGGGAUUUGAUUAAAAAUUUACCAUAUCUAGAAAAACAUAAUAUAAGAAUUUUGUGAUAAUUUCAGGUUUUUAUUAUUAUUUUUAACCGAAUUAUAAUAAAAAUAUUGAAAUCGUUAUUUCCAUAACCUUUGCCGUUUUUUUUUUUUUUUUGGUUUUUUCCUACAUUUAUUACGAAAACUAUAAAACAAAAAUUACCCCCUUAUACACUAUACAACUAAAUAACCUUUUCUUUUAGAAAAUAUGCAACUCUUAAAAUUUGGAGCAAGAUUUUUUUAGAUUAUAAAAAUCAAUAACGUUUAAAAUAAUGAAAUUGUCCAAUUAUUAAUAAAACCGCUUUAACAAUAAAAAAAAAAUUGACAUCUUUAGUACCCCAACCAGAUCCAAAAUUUAACAAUAAAGAUCUCUUGUAAUAUUUUUGAUUGGAGCAAAAUAUCAGGUAGAAAAAUAAACAAAUUGUACACAUUAUAGUAAAAACAAUAUAUUCCUCGUUCCGCUCAGAAUAUAAAAUUAUAGUAUAAUGUACUGACUUAAUAUCGAAUUUUCGGGUAUUUUUACAACACAAAAUAUGAACAUGCUGUAUAUUACACAAUAUUCUUGUAAUAUACAAGGUUUGAGAGUAAUUGGACCUGAACACACAUUGAAGAAAUGACGCCUCUAUACUUUAUGUUAAUUCAUAACUAUAACCUGUUAUGCUGUAUAGUUUAUAUUUUAAUAGAUACGCACCUGUGCGAUCGUAUAUUGAAAAAAAAACCGGUUAAUACCAUACACACGUAGAACGUUUUUUUUUCUUAUGUUUAUAGUACCUACUUAUAUAAAUAAGUGUAAUAAAAUUUAAAAAAAAAACUGAUAGACUACGAAAGGAGCCGGGCGUUCAAUGUACUUAUACGUUUACCUACGUUAUUUAGGUAAUGUGAAUACUAUACCUACCCGUGUAUCACACGCUAAUAUUGGUUAAAGUAAAAAUAUUAUUUACAAAACGUUUAUUGUUCGUAUAACAAACCGGGGGGGGGGGGAAUUGGUACGUUAUCAAACACUGGGAAGUCUUGGGUACAUUUUUACUUUGAUAAAAUAAUAAAAUACGAUGAAAAAUAAAAAUUUUAUAAGUAAUGCGUAUGACAAAACACUCGCCGAUAUAUUUUGUUUUCGCGGCAACAAUAUUAAUAUUUUGUUUAACAAACAUUACCUACCUAAUAAAUAUUAUAUUAAUUUUUUAGACACAAUCAGUAUUUUCAUUUACUGGUAAAGUGCACGCAUGUGUGAUAGCAUUCAGAUUUUUAAUAUUUUAAGGUUUUAAUAUUUUCUUACCCGAUUUCAUACAUAUGUAUUACAUCAUAAUUUAUUCGUAACAUACAAUUAUAUAUUUUUGUAUUAACAAUAAAGAAGAAAGACCUAAACAAAAAUGAUGGCCGUUAUAAUAUGUAGGUACACAGUACACACAUUUACAUACAGUGAGAAAUUUAACAGAAUAAAUUAUACACAUUAAUUUGUAUACCAUUACUUCACUUUUGUCUUCAUUUCCCCGGGAAUGUUUUUUUAGUAACCACAGUACCUAUAACGUAUCUAUGUAAGAAAAAUUGCAGUAUUUAAGGUCACUGGAGUCUUGUGGCUAUUAGCAAAUUCCAUGAGGUUAUCCGUUAAUGAUGAACGCGAAUAUACAUAAAUAAUUAUUUAAAAUGUGUGUACCCGCGCUAAUUAUUAUAUCAACGGAUUAAUAAUUUAUUGUUCGUUGCACAUUAUUAUUACGUUUUUAUAACAUUAGUUUUUUUCUCUAAAUUGUCGCCGUAAUCAUUUAUAAAAUAUUAUAAUUCACUUUAACGAUGUCAUUAUCGCGUUCCACUAAAAUGUCGAUAAAAAAAAAAUUAAGAAAAUAAUUCGAAAAGAAUAUUAAUUCGGUAAAAUUUUUACAGAAUACAUAAAUUGGUCUUUUCUAGACGAGAUAAAAAUUUUAAAAUAUUUUGGAAAUUUGUGAGCUAUUUAUAGACAUUUUAUUUAGUUUUUAUUUGGUAGGUAUAAUGUGGAUACAAUUAUUUGAUCAAACAAAAAUGCUUAAAAAUUUAAAACGAGGUUUAUUAUAAGUUGUAACAAGUGGUAAAAAUAAAAAGUUAAAUGUAAUAGUAUAUUUUUAUAAGAUCAAAUUUUGAUAAAAAUCUUAACAAUUACGGCAUUUCAAAAUAUGUAUAAUUGAACUUCGUUCAGAAUCGUAUUUUGUUAGUAAUAAUUUAUCGUAGUGCACAUAUCUAAAUUAAAUAAAUUUAUAUAUGGUACCUUCUCAACUUCCCACCUACAACAGUAAUGCAUCCAACAGCAGGAUCAGCUCUUUUUUUCUUUUGUAAGAAGCUGAAAUUUUAUUUUCAAAACGUUUAAAUUUGCAUAAUGUUUAAUUUAUUUACUAUAAUAUGUUUUACUAUACGACCAUCAUGUGUAAUUCAGAGUAAGUUCCCAUUAUCAGUUAUAACUAUUUUCACAAUUACUCUGUAUACUGUUAUGUGCCUAUUUAAUGUAAAAAAAUCGAGAUUUUAUGUGAACAAAUAAUAUUUUUUUUAUUAUAACAAAAUUCGUAUUUAAUAAUUUUAUUUUUGUUAAACAACAAAUACCGAAUUUGUUAAAUGUACGUUCUAUAUUAUUUUUGCUAAACAAAUUGUAUGACUAAGACAAAUUAUUAAUAAUCCCUGGUAUGAGUUGUACUUCACGUAUUUAUAAUUUAUUGACAGUCUUAUAUUGUUAAUCAUAUCGCCAAAUACGAAUAUGAUAUUAUGUAUAACUAUGUUUAUUUUGAUAAACAUACGUCUUCGAAUAAACCGAAUAAAUCCGCAUGUUUAUUUUCCAUAUUUUUAAGUUUGCGUAAAUCAAAUGCGAUGUGUUAUAGUUCUAUAUAUUCAUAUAAUUCUACUGCCUAGUGUUAUUACUAGGCAGUAGAACUAUACGAUUCAGAUUGCGCCCGUAAAAUGAGUUUUUCGUAGGAAAAAAUAAUUGUGGUUUUCUACUGAUAAAUUCAUAAAUCAAUUAUUAAUUUUUGUUCAGUUUUUUUUUUUUAUUCAAUGCAGCAAAUACAUUUAAGUUUAUUGAACACAAAAUACAAAUACCGAUUGAAUAUUAAAAAAAGGAGGAUUUCACAGGAAUUUCAUAUACAACUAUUGAAGUUAGGAAGAAGACAUUUUGAUGAAGUAGAUGGCGAUCGUCAAUUAAAUAUAUUACAUAAGAUAAUUUAAGAUUCAAGAUUCUACCAGUUAUUGAUAUGGUAGUUUUUAAUUAGGAAAUCGAUUUCAGAAUUAAAAAAGACAUCCUAGGAUAAUGAGGACGACUGCGGCCACUGUUAUAGAUGAUUUAAUGUAUACCUGUAAGCAACAAUAAAUCAUAGCUUUCGAAAAAACAAUUCUUAGCGGAAUUCAGUUGAUAGUGAUGCUUUGUCAACAAUAUAUAUGCCAUUUUAUAGUAAAAAAUAAUUAAAUAUAUUUUCUUUAAUAAUAUUUCUUUAAUGUUGUACCGAUUUCCCAGUUUUCCUACGUUUUUCCCGGUUUUCUCAUGUUUUAUCGUGGUGUAUCACAUUUGCUGGGAAAACUCUUAGGAAAAUCGAAAAAUGACCUCUUUAAAGUACUUCGCUAGUCAAAUUUUUUUUAAGAUACAUUGCUAUUAUCAAAAUUUAGAGCAAAAGUGCUGGUAGAAAAGUUGUACACAGAAAAAAAAAGGCCGUAAUAUAUUAGUAAUAUAUUUCGUGCAUUUUUCUGUUCUUUUUUCGGUUUUUCGAAUUUAAUGAGUAAACUCUUAAGAAAAUGACCUCCCUAAAAUACCUCCUUACGUCGAUUUCCUUUCAGAAUAAGUGCUACACGUAGAAAUCCGAGUAAGUCUACUGAUAGGAAAGUCGCGCACGGAUAAAAAAAAAUAAACAUCUUUGUAAAACUAUAAGCUUCUUCGCUUCCCUCAGAAUCUAAAAUUUAAAUUAUGUUUUUGAUAGGAAAGUAAUUUUGAAUAAUGAAUUUAAAAUAUAAAUAACUCAAUACAUAUUUAGUAUCUGGAUGUCUUUUUAGCGAUGCCGAUGGUGUUGAACAUUUGAUUGCAUAUGCAACGAAAAACCAUUGGUUAGGCGGGAAAAACAUACGCUUGAAUUUGGACGUAGACGAAACGAUAAUAAAUAGACAAUCUAAAUUGGUGUUAUACAAUUCAAGUAAGCUAUAUAACUGUUUUUGAAUGCAUAAUAUCGACUGUUCAGUUUUAGAUUGCAGCAAAUAAAAAAUAAGUUAACUACAACAUUUUAUUCUCCUUUUAAAAACAAUUUCAAUUCAAAAACGUAAUAAAAGUUACUUAAAUUAUUAAGCACUAGAGAGUUCAUAAUUCGUUUUAAAAAACAAAUUUUUGUUUAACACCACAGUGGUUUUUAACCAUUGCUCUAUUUUAAUGAUUCAGUGGUCCGUGGACUUGUGGUUGAGAACCACUGAUCUAGAGCACGGGCUGUAUACAAAUUAUUAACAUCAUUAGUUGAAUAGAUGACACAAAUUCCAUAUGAUUGCAUUAUGUACAUUUAAUAUACUAUUUUAUUUUAUAUUUAGUGUAGGAAAUGACACGAAUAUUGAUAGAUUUUUAUUAUUACUCGUUCCUCUAGGACAAUAUUAAGAGAAUAAGAGCCGUGCAGGCGUUUAUUGACGGUUUGUCCAAAUCUUUUACUAUUGCAAGGAUAGUCCUAAAUAUAAUCUAAACCUUGCUAGAUUAAUUGAAUGUAAUUAUUUUUUAAAUAUGUACAUUAGGUAUACAAAAACUUUAAAUAAUAAAUAUAAAAUACCUUUUUUUCAUCGGCAAAUUUGUCAAUAUAUUGUCAUUAUGAUAUUAUUAUUAAUUUUUAAAUAUUUAUAUAGAUUAGGUCUUCUUUACAGGACACCUUUUUUUAAUAAUAUACUUAUUCUUUAUUCAUACAUAUGUAGUUUUUGACACUGAGAACGGUGAUGCAAUCAGAAUUUAGGGGUAGUGCUUAUUAUAAGUUAUGAAGUUUUGUCUAAAACAAUUUCCCCAAUUUUUUUGUUUGCUAUCUCUUUUAAAUCAUUGAAAUUUCUGAUUUUCAAUUGUUAAAAAGUGUCCCGUAAAGUAGGAAAAACCCAUAGAUUAAUUUAAUUCAAAAUGUACUAAAAAUAUUGUUCUAAACGUACGUUUUUUAUUGAAAUUUAAAACAAAAUAAAUAUUUUUUUUUUUUUGUAUUUUAAAUAAAUGUUUUAAACAUAACAACCCUGCAGACUGCAGUUAACUUGAUAAUCGAUAUUAUCUGUUAUUUGUAAACAUACAAUAUGGUGUUAUUAAAAAAACUUAUGUUAUGUUCUUUUUUCUUUUUUUUUUUUGCAUGUAAGAACCACAGAAAUCUUUGGAUUACCAUGUUUCAAAUGCGUCUAAACCGUCAAAGAAAACGGAUUUCAUACUCGAAGAAUGGCCCUACGUUAGUUUUAACCGACCGUUAAUACCAAAAGGUAGCCCCCAUACAAAUAUUUAUUUGUAUGUUAACUUGAAUUUAAAAACCUAUAUUACAAUAUGGUUGUAUUUCUGAUAACUAUUGACAUGUUCUGUUCAGGACACGAAGAUGAAUUCGCACCGUGGCUAAGAACGAGAAAUAAAAGAUUUAACGAAGUCCAUCGUCCAAAAUCACGUGUAUCAUCGAAAUCACGUAAUUCAAAUCAGCUUAAUUUAAAUAUUUGCACAAAAAUAAUUUAAAUUUUUAAUCAACUGAUGUGUGUUUUUACAUAUUUAUGAUUCCGAUUUUACAUGGAUAUCCAAUGAAAAAAAAAAUAAAAAUGUAGGUACUUAUUAUUAUUAAUGGUUUAAAAUAUUACAGAAAAAUAGGUAGUAUCAUAAAAAAUAGCAGGGUAUGUCUACACUUCACGCCACUGUUGUAAGUAAAAAGUCAAACUACUGAAAACAAUGAUAAAAAAGAGGUGAUACUGGAACGGGUGUGUCACCCGUUCGGGGGUGAGAAGCUGAGAAGGUGGGAUAUAUAAAUAAGUUAUUUAAUUUAUAUAUGUUAGCAACGAUAAACUAUUGCUAACAAAAAAUAAUUUGGAACGAGUUCAGUUAUAUAUUUUUUGAAACGACACUUUUACGAUUUUUGUAAAAAAAAAAAAAGUACAACAUUAUACUCAACUUUUAACCUCUAAAUACAACUUUAACUCAAUGAACCUCCUGUUCAAUUUCAAGCAUUUCUGUUUGGUCGAACAAUUUUAUCCUCAAAGUACCUACCAAAUAAAAAUAACAUAAAAAAACUCACAAAUUAAAAUAUCUACAAAUAGCUCAAAUGUUUUCAAAAUAUUACCAUCUAAGGAAAAGCAAGUAUACAUUUUCUGUAAAAAAAUGUCAAGUCCCUAUGAAUAUUUUUUACUAAAUUACAAAACAAUAACAAAAUUACAAUAAUAAACAAAAUUGAAAAUAAUAAAAUUAUUAAUUUCGUAAAUUUUCCCAUUCUUUCUAAAAAAUUUUUUUGUUUGAGUCAAUUAUAGAAAAAAAUUUGGCAGCAAACAACUUUUACCGACUAAAUUAAAAAUACAACAAAAGAUCUCUUGUCAUUUUUUUAUUGGUGCAAUAUUUCUAGUAGAAAAUAUUUAUUUUUAAUAAUAAUAUUUAUUAUAAUUUAUCAGUUUUAAUUGUUCGUCUUUGUCCGGUUGGAAAAUAAAAAUACAACUUAUUUUGUGAGCAAUUAGAUUCAAACAACGUAAUACCGGGGUACUUCGUAAAUAUUUGCCGCUUAACCUAUAACUUUUUUUCUGGUUAUAUAAAAACCCCUCAGAAAAUUAAAGAAUGACCGUCGAGAACGACGCACUAACUAGAUGAAAUUUCGUUUCAAAAAAGGUGCUACAUUUGAUACUUUGGAGCAAGAUUUCAGGUUAAAAAAUUGCUCACAGACACAAAAAAAAAAAAAUUACAAAAACACACAUCAUAAUAAAACCAAUAGAUUCUUUACUCUGCUCCACUAAUAUCAAUGAAUUCAAAAAAGGUUGUAAAAAUAAAACUCAGUUAUAUCAUAUUUUAAAAGUAGAUGCUGCUCACGGGUAGACCAACGUUUUAAGUGGUUAGUUAGAAAAUGAAGUACAACAGAGUAAUUUAUGAGUAGUUUAUAAUUUUAAAUACUGUAUGCAAUUCGAAUUCAUUGCAAAAGAAAAAUCGAUUCUGAGCGCAGUAGUAUUCAAGUUGUUUUUUUACCUGUUGCCAAGAGAUCCUAGAAAUCAACAAAAAUCAACUAUCAAAAAAAAAAAAAAAAACAAUCUAGUUGAAUCUAGUUUGUUGAAAAUGUAAAUGAAUAUUUUGAAUUAAGUACAACCGCGGGUGAAAAUUUCUCAUAUGUUUUGGGAUACCAUGUGAAAAAAUCGGAGCAAUUAAUCGAAAAUAGGUUUUACGGGAAAAAUACAAAUCUUAGUGAAGCUAUAAUAAUAACUUUUCCCAUAAAAUCUAAAACAUAUAAAUAAUAUACAAACAAUAAUAAUAUUAUAUUCCAGAAAAACCAUGUGGUGUUUCACCGCGUUCAGCUUCUACACCAUCUAUGGAUCAACGUAGUCGAUCCCUGAUGAAUAUCGAUCGGCUAAUACAACAACAUCAUCAACAGCAUCAACAACAACAAAAAAUACACAACAUUCUACUACUACAAAAAAUGCAGCAGGCUACUAACUUUUUCGUAACCUCGCCGCCGCUACGAACGUUCGGCCAACGACCCCCGAUGAUACCUUAUAAUAUGUCAAAUUUCGCGUACCACUUAAGUCCGGGCGACUUAUACCAUCCAUUUCCGACGCCUCCGCCGCCGCAUCUUCGUUAG